AUGGAAGUUACCGUACCCUAUCCUACCGGAUUUCAUCCCCGGACCGUGACCGAAAUUAAGCAAUGGCAGGAAUUUGUGCGAGGUAGAAAACGGACGAACCUCUUCACGUUUGUAGGGGGAAAGCGUGGAUCUAUAAAGAACGACUUCAGGGCUUUGCUGCUGGAUCACUGUUACAACGAAUCUGAUUCGUGCAAAGCUAUAGAUUGUGCAAAGACAGCUUGCUUGGACAGCUCUACAGCGGUUCUUGAAAUAUUUCUGAGCUCAGACUUCUGUUUGCAGCCCAGAGAAAGGAUUGUGGGUCAGUACGUGUUGUUUAUGUCCAGUGAAUUGGAGCCUUUCUCGGUUUUUAUACACAGGAAUCGGGUAAGGAAUGGGACUUCGAUAAGGAAAGUAUUGGAGGGAUAUAGUGGAGAAGCUAUCAAGAGGAUGAGGAACACGGUAAUUAACAUGAUUCCAAGGAUUUCGUACAGCUUUUCUGGAGGAAGACCUGGCAAUCUCAAAGAUGCGUUUGAUAUAGCUGUGGAGGAAAUGCUAAGAAGAAUAGUUUCAAAUAAGCCAAGCCUUGAGGGACCAUCAUCAUGA